AUGGUUUGCAAGCAACAAAGUACAUGUAUUGCCAAGAAAGGCACCUGCACAACAUCACAGUGUUCAGAAGUUGAGCUGGAGAUCACACAAGGCUGUACAGGUGAUGGGUGCAGGUGCUGCGCCCCUAAAAGUAUAGGCUGUCGACCUGAAAGUGUAUGUACCACUAAGAAAGGAACCUGCAAAUUAUCACAGUGUUCAGCUGAUGAGCUGGAGAUACCACAAGGCUGUACAGGUGAUGGGUGUAGGUGCUGCGCCCCUAAAAGUCCAGUGUGUCAGCCAGAGAGUACAUGUACCAGCAAGAAAGGCACUUGCAAGACAUUGCAGUGUUCAGCUGAUGAGCUGGAGAUCCCACAAGGCUGUACAGGCGACGGGUGUAGGUGCUGCGCCCCUAAAAGUCCAGUGUGUCAGCCAGAGAGUAUAUGUACCAGCAAAAAAGGCACCUGCAGGACAUUGCAGUGUUCUGCUGACGAGCUGGAGAUAACACAAGGCUGUACAGGCGACGGGUGUAGGUGCUGCGCCCCUAAAGGUCCAGUUUGCAAACAACAAAGUACAUGUAUUGCCAAGAAAGGCACCUGCACAACAUCAUGGUGUUCAGAAGAUGAGCUGGAGAUCACACAAGGCUGUACAGGCGACGGUUGCAGGUGCUGCGCCCCUAAAGGUCCAGAAAACUGCACCUACCCUAAUUCACCUCCCUUGCGUCAUAUUGCAGCAUGUCAACAACAAAUUUUAUGUACCAACAAGAAAGGCACCUGCACAACAUUACAGUGUUCAGCUGAUGAGCAGGAGAUCCCACAAAGUUGUACAGGUGACGGGUGCAGGUGCUGCGCCCCUAAAGGUUCAGUCUGUCAACAACAAAAAUUAUGUACCACCAAGAAAGGUAUUUGCAAAACAUCGCAGUGUUCAGCUGAUGAGCUAGAGAUCCCACACGGCUGUACAGGUGAUGGGUGUAGGUGCUGCGCCCCUAAAGGUCCAGGUGAGUAG